UGACUGGUGACGCACGUCACUGUUCACCUGUCAAACGUUGCCAUGGCAACAAAAAACCAAAAUUACCCGAAUUCCGAUUGUUGUUGAACGUAAUUGUUGUUACAAGUUGUUAACAAAACCGUAGUUCAAAAAUAAAUCAAAAUAAUUCAUUAAAACAAACGGACAAAAUGACAGAUGUGGACAUAACCUCACCCGACGACUUCAGUUCAUCAAAGAAGCCCCAACGCCUCAACAUUCACCACUUGGACGCAAAAUUAGCCGCCGGUUUUCACUCCGACUGCGAAAACCUGCUACAGAAGUUCAAAAAGUGCCAAAAUUACAGCUACACCUCGUUCGCACAAGUGUGGCGAGAAUCAUGUUUCCUGGGCAUUUUCAAGGGCUUGAACAACAUCUUAACCAUGAAAACGUUCGUGGAAAAUGCGUUUUUUAACGCGAAAAAAUUCCUGUAUUCGCCGGACCUGUACAUACAAACCGGAGCGCUUUACGUGCUGUAUGGGUUAUAUUACAAACAACCAAUCAAUAAAUGGGUAAAAGUGAGGUUAACUCAGGCGGAUGUUGACCAACUGAAAGAAAUCAUUGACACGCAUAAAGAAAAUCGUUGUUUCGAGCCCGUGUUUAUCUACUAUAAAAUGCGACUCGAUGGGGCGUUUCAGUACUGCGCGUUGCCGCUGCCGUUAGGUUUGGAGCCGAAAUUUUUGAAACGUGUGGACUUUGCAAAAAACGAGAUCGCUUCAAGGAGCUCCUGUGACAGUGUUUUAAACAAAUUCAAGACAUUGAUGGAGGAAGAUCCUGAUUUAGUCCAGUUUGACGAAACUGACGAAGAAUAUCAGAAAUUGUCACAAAAGUACAAAGACCAGUUAUUUAUAUUUCCCAGUCAGUUGGGGGCCCACUUGAAAAAAGCGUACAGCGAGACUUUUCACGUACAAUUGGAAGAAAGUCCGCAAACUCAAGCAAAGCACAUCACUCUAUUAAAAGCCAAGGCGACGGAGGCCGCCAACGCCACCUAUCGGGGGGACCGCAAAGUCGUGACCGCUAUAGACUUACAAACACCAUCUACCUCAUUUAACAGUUAGUAUAAAUAAUAUAUUUUCUAAACAUCACACUAAACCUAUUAACGUAUAUGAGAUAUUUAAAUAUAACUCUAAAACAUUAA